UUCCCAGUUGAGUUAAAAACUAGAGCCAAGGCCGCUCAGACCAAGCUCCAGCGGCCCCCAGAACUCCACCACAAGCCUCUCAUCAGACAAAAGUACUACUACGUACUACGUAGUACGACUGGCGACCCUGAAUGCCCACUGCCGUGUACGCGGUACGGACUACUCGAGGACCCCGUCUGUGCCGUCCAAGGGGCCCGUCAACCCCAUCAAACCUCCUCGUGCUCGCUCUGCCGGUACUCCUGAUGCUGCUCCAGCCACAAGGGCCCAAACAUGACCCCAAAACUCCAAGCACCCCAGGACGCAAAGGCCGCCCUCCAAGGCCCAAGCAAGGCCCUUCGGCCCCAUUCAAGCGCGCCCGUGGCCGCCGAUUGGGGGAGCCAGUGUCACCAACCGGGCGGCCGCAAGCGCAUCCCCGUGCAACCCGCAAUCGUCCAAGAGCACAACUAGACAGAGCCGUAGACUCCAACAGGACAAUGGCUCUCCCCAAGUCCCGAACAGCAGUUCGCCAAGUGGGCUCGGCCGGAUCCAGGUAAGUAAGGUAAGCAAACAAGUACGUGGGAUGCUGUUUAGCCUUGAUGGCUCG